AUGCGGAAGGGUAGGCUCUGGGAGAUGAUCCAAAAGAUGCCAAAGGGAUCACUACUCCACUGCCACAUGGACGGGACUGUAUCGGCGACAUGGCUCAUCGACGCCGCUCUGCGCUACGAUUCCGUCAUCCAUAUUCGAGCCGAGUCGCCUUUACUCGCACCGGAGGACCUCUACAGGGUGCAGGUCUCCCUCAAGCCAAUGCCCGCCUUCAAGUCCUACUCUCCCUCCUCCAACCUCUUCUCACACGAUUAUGACACGGACGAGUGGAUGCCGCUGAAGGAGGCCCGAAAGCUGUUCCCUUUCAAGAGUCCUUACGCCUCACGGUUGGAAGGAUUCGAGAAAGGGACGGACAUUCCGAGUGCAGAGGGGCGGUCGCGCAGCGAAGCUGGACUUGUUCAUUGGCUGCACUCUCUCAUGACGAUGACACCAGUGGUCGGUUCGAAGCCGAUGGAGUCCUCCCCGGAAGCCUGGGCCAGAUUUGAAUCGACGUUUGCCAUUAUCGGAGGCGUAAUCAGCUACGAGCCUAUCCUCGCCUCCUAUCUCAAAGAGAUGGUCCUCGUGCAUGCCCGGGACAAUAUCCAGUAUCUCGAGACGCGCUUGAAUUUCGUUGAAGAAACCUACUUGUCGACGGACGCAGUCACUCCCCUUCCCCACUUACGCUGGGUGGAGAUCUUCCGCACUUCUGUCGACGAAGCUAAUGCUGAGCUGCGAGCAGAGGGCAAAGGCGAAUGCCAAUGCAAGAUCAUCUACGCUACUGUCCGUUUCGUGACGCCGGAACGGUUACGCUGGUACACCGAAGACUGUCUGCAGCUCGCCCGCGCCCAUCCAGACCUGAUCAUCGGCUUCGAUCUAGUAGGGCAUGAGGAUCCCCUGCUACGGCUACGCGAGUAUGUCCCUGAGCUGCUACGCUUCAAGCAACGUCAGGUCGAAGAGGGUCUAGAUAUUCCCUUGAUCCUGCAUGCCGGUGAGACACUAGGCGACGGAAAUGGUACAGACGAAAAUCUCUACGAUGCUCUGCUCCUGGAUUCGAAGCGACUGGGCCACGCCUACUCCUUGCCGAAGCACCCAGAGCUUAUGAAGAUGUGCCGCGAACGAAACGUCUGCGUCGAGUCAUGUCCCAUUUCCAACGAGAUACUGCGCUACGUAGGCAACAUGGCCUCGCACCCGCUGCCCAUACUCGUCAAUCACGGUGUGCCCGUAGCAUUGAGCAACGACGAUCCGUGUCAAUUUGGCAACUUCGGACUGUCGCACGACUUUUGGCAGGUGUGCAAUGCCUCUGAUGCCACGGGUCUGGCAGCGCUCAAGACGUUUGCGCUCACGAGCCUGGAGCAUUCGCGGCUCACCCCUUCAGAGCGUGCAAGACAUAUGGAGCGCUUCAACAGCGAUUGGGAAAACUGGCUGACAUGGAUAGUCAAGACCUAUGGCGAGGAAAGAAACGGUCCCACCAAACAAGGAAACUAA